AUGUCGCACCUGCCUCAGGGAAACCUUCUUCCGCUCAUCCGCGCUGGCGACAUCGUCUCCAUCUGGCAUGACGUCAUCCUCUUCGCCUCCCCAGGCGCGAGUAACUCUCCGCGGCGCGCCUCGCCGCGCGCCGUCUCCGCUUCUGCAGCGCGGGGCAAGCCGGCGACUAUUCCCCUCCUCAACUUCAUCUGCACUUCUUCCAAGUCUAGUUCGUUCGCCGCGUCGCUCGCCGGUCGCCGUUGCCGUCUAGCGCUUGACGGCGCCGUCAAAGUCGACGACUCGGAGCAGCGGCCGUGGAACCUCGGGAUUAUCCCGCAGACGUGCGUCCUCGGGCCGUCCCCCGUCUCGCAGGAGUCCUCCGCAACCUCCGCCACCGCGCUUCCCGACGUCGACCUUUAUGAUCCACUCGACUCCUCUGCCGCCGAUCCCAGCGACCCGUUCAGCCGUUCCGAUGAUUGCGGCGAGUUUCCCGUGAUUCUGGACAACGCGCCGUUAGAGGCGGUGGAGGUGGGCGCAAAGGAGCGCGACCCGGGCGACGUGUUCCCCGUGCUGCCGCUCCUCGCGCUCCCCGUGCGCCUGCGGUCCGGCCUGGGGACGGAAGUUUCGUGGAAGCUGGUCGUUGUGGCGGCGGAUGAUCCGCUCGUUCUGGCCAAUCAGGUGGCGACUAUAGUGGAGACGAUUUUACCGAGAGUUAAAGGCUGGGCCGCGGGAGGGUUCGGGGGUUUCACGGGAGGAUCAGGGGGAGUCGCUUCCGACCAUUGGUGGAUCCCCGAAUCUCCGCGGCGCGAAUCGGACGACUGGGAGGAAGCUGCGCGGAAGGCGCAGGGCGUGGUUCUCGAGGCGCAUAGCAUAUGGAAGCUGCUGGUUCCUUCGCUCCGCCGCCCCACGCUGCAGCGACGGCAGCGCGUGAGCGAGCGCACGGUGGAUGGCUGGCGGGAUAAGCGCGGGGCGGGGGACGACGACGAGAGCAACCUCUUGAAGCUCAUCGCACGACCCGGCGCUAGCGGUGGGCUUGGCGGGUUUGGCGGGGGGAAGUCCCGCGGCGGCGGCGGAAACGGGAGGGAAGGGAGCGGAGCGGUGGCUGGGGCAAAGGGAGGGCUCAGCAGGGGGAGAUGUUCCGCCGCCGCUGCUGCGGCGGCUGUUGCGGCAGCUGAAGGGCGCUCGGCGCGCAACGAGAGUGAUAUGGGAGGCGGGGAGUGGGAGGAGGAGGAGGGGCGAGACGAGGGAACGAGACAUCUGAGUCGGACGGCGGGCGGGGAGCAUUCGCGUGGCAGCGGCGGUGGAAACAACGGCGGCAGGAGCAGCGCGGAAAGCAACAGCAGCGGCUCCGCAGGUGGGAAGCGCAGAGGCGUGCUGCCGCAGAUUUCGCCGCGCUCCUUGUCGAUGACAACCGUCGCGGCUGCGCGCGCGCUCGUGAAAACCGCCACGUGGAGCAGGGCGUCUAGUCUUAACGGGUUUAGAAAGUCCGGUCUUGCGGAUGAGCUUGGCGAAAUUGACGACACUAGCGAUUUGGGUGAGGUCGUGAAGGGCAAAACCGACGCGCAUCGUAUGUGGAACAGUGGACGGUUGGGAAUGUCGUUUGGCAGCAAGUCAGGUGAUACCUCCACCAGACCCACCUCCUCCAAAGCAACCACCCCCACCUGGGGAGGCUUGGGCUCCGGCUUUUAUAGCGGGCCGGUGUUUGGUAGGUUGAGUAAAAGCCGGACCAUUAAAGAAAGCGACGGGCAGCCGAUCGCAACUUCACCAAGCGGGGCUUGGCAGGGGAAUGAGGGCAGUGGAGAUGGUGGUGAGGGAGAUUAUGGUGGUGCAGGCGGUAACUGUUUUCAUAUCGGUGACGGGAGCGGUUACGGCAUUACCAGCGGUGGUGGAGAGCGGGUGCGGAGUGGGGCACGGGGUGCGUUCAGCAGGAGCAACACGGCAUCAAGCACAUACAGCUUCGUGAGCAUGGGGAGUAUGGCCAGCAGCCACAGUAGCCGCUGCAGCAAAAGCCCUGCUGCCACUCCAGACCUUCCUGCUGCUACUGCUGGGUAUCACGGUGCGGGCAAGAGUCACGGAGUCGACAGACUAGUGCUCGAUGGGCGGAGAGGGGAAACAGAUGCGACGGCUCGUGCAGGAGAAACAGACGGCGGAUGCCGCCCAUUCACCCCGCCUAUGGGCCGGUCAAAGACCGAACCGAGAAACCGUGGUUCAGGGCGAUCGGGGCAGGGGCGACCGCGCAGGGUCCUGUCACCCACUGAUGCACACGAUGCUGCUGCCUCUGCUCACAACAAUCACCACAAUCACGACAAUUACGAUCAUGACUCAGAUGAGGAUGAUUCAGACGAUGACGACAACUUUGCAUUCUCUCAGCCCACUGCACCCUAUGGCCUGAUCCCCACACCUCACAGCCUCACCCCAACACCGGGCGCCACUAGGCGAAUGUCGGAGUCUCACUCCCCUCUGCCCAGCCCGCCCGUGCUAAAUCGCCGCUGGUCCCUGGCCUCCAGGACUGGCCCCACAGGGGAAGGAGGGGCGGGGCACCGUGGCCGGAACGUGUUUGUUGCCUCUGUUGGGGAUGGGGGUAUGGAGGUGGAUGGUCGGCGGGGCAGUCGGGGACGGGAUGGUGGGCCGGAGGCAGCAGAGAGGGCGGCAGAGGAGUGCAGUGAUGACUGCUCCAGCCAGGCGAGCUCUAGCCAUGCUAGUGUUGAGCAUGCCAACAGCCACUACGGACAGCAACUGCGGGAACGGAGGAUGCUGCCCAAAUUACCCACACUACCCAAGUCACCCUCUCUGCCUAAAUCACCCGCACUGCCCAAGUCACCUGCUCUACCCAAGUCAUCUACAAUGCCCAGGUCACCCUCCCUGCUCAAGUCACCCGCACACCCCAAAUCAUCCACACUGCCCAAGUCACCCUCCCUGCCCAAGUCACCUUAUGCAGGAAAGAGUGGGUUGCGAGGGGGGGUCUGCAUGGAACGACCACAUCCUCCUGAGAGCAACCCCGUGAGGGCAUGUGAGAGCAGUGUAGGAGGGAGCAGCAUGGGUGUUCCUUCUGAGGUGCCGCAAACCAGAGGAGGCACCAGGAGGGGUGUGCGGGGCAAGCAGCGGGGGCAGCAGCAGCUGGUUCCAGAAUGCGUUUCCACCGAGUCGGAAGUUCCUAUGAGAUCAAUGAGCCCUGGCAGUAACAUGCUCGCCAGAAGUGUGUCGUACGAUCAGCCAUCGCCGCAGGUAGCAGCGAUGAUUGCUGCUGAAGCGCCGUUGCCGGAGCCACCAGGCCGACGAUUUGGAUGGAGCCAAACAGAAGCCAGUGACAGACUGAAUGCGGCAAUGAUUGCUGCUGAAACGCUGCUGCCGGAACCGCCAGGGCGACGAUUUGCGGUUCGACCCAAGUCCAGCUGUGAGGUGAGAGCCGGAGGAGGGGUUGGGAGGAGUUUGGAGGAAUGUGAUGUGCGCUCUCGUCCUCCUAAAUCUCCUUUGGCCAGAAUGGUAUCCUCUGGGGUUCUCCUUGCAGGUAGUCCCAUAUUCGCCCCCGUGCGUCACAGCCGUCUGAGCGUGGCUGACCUCCCCCACGUGGCGGCUGCGUGCCGUCGCUGGUGCCCGCUCGCCCUGGACCCCUCGCUGUGCUGCGCUGCCUUCUGCCGCUCCCACGGCCUGCUCUCCCUGCGUCUCCCCUCCUCCGCUGCGCGCUCCCGUGCGCGCUCCCAACCCCCUCCCCUCCCCUCGUCCCCGACUCCUCGCACCGCCCGCCGUGGCCCCCCCUCCCUCCUCUCGCUCCUCGCGUCACCCGAGUUCGCCCUCUCGCACCCCAUUGGCCGCACUGACUCCAUUGCCAGCCUGGCAGUGCGCUUCCACGUGCAGGCCAUGGACAUCCGGCGUCUCAACAACAUCAUGAGUGAUCAUGCCAUCCACACGCGCACGCGCCUCCUCAUCCCCAUCCCCCCCUCGCGCCGCCCGGCUGAGCUGGCGGGGCGGCAUUGCGCCAUCCAGUUUGAUUCGCACGCGCGGCGGGAGGUGCUGCUGGUGUUCCAGGAGGGGGAGGAGGCGGAGAUCCGGCAGGCGUAUGGAGAAGCACGAAAUGCCAGACCCUCGGCAGCACAUGGCACUGCGCAGGUGGUUUCUCUGUUGCAAAGAGCCCUUCAGGUGGACGAGCCAACAGCGCAGUACUACCUGGGCGAGGCGGGCGGCGAUGUGCGGGCGGCAGUGGCACUGUUCAUGGAGGACCAGCUGUGGGAGCGGGCGCAGGCACAGGCAGGGGAGAGGAGGAAGAGCCUUGUGAUUGGCUGCAGGAGGGGGAGAGCUGAUAGGUUGUAA